UUGUUGCAGGAGGAGGAGGAGGAGGGUGAUGAUGACGAUGAUGAUGACAAGGAGGAGGGGGAGAGAUGGGACACGGCUGAUGCUGAUGCGAGAGCUCGUACGUGACUGUGGUCGACAUCGGCAAACGAUACAACUUCUCUCUUCAUCUUUUAAAAAUCCUUGAAGUCGACAAGACUGUUUCUGCUCGACGGGUUCUUUUUUUCUUUUUUGAGGUGCGGAAUGACCGCCGCGGCGUUCCGCUGGCCUUCUGGAGGGGCGGACACAGGUGGAUUGUGGCUUGCCGCAAAACGACAGCUGUAGCCUAGAUAUCACCUUGGACGUGCGAAGAAGCGAGGAUCUCUGCGGCUACACCCCUGAAUUGACGGGCAUCCACGCCGACGUUUUGGUCUUCUCCGCCGGCACUUAGAAGGGUGGACGGACGGCCUGUUGGUGUUAGCGAGCUAAUAAGCUAAUUUGGCUAGCUUGCUCGACGUUUAGCCUAUGGACAGGGGAGCGGUGCGAUGCUGGAAGGAGGACUUUUAAUUCUUGUUGCGGGAAUACUUUCCUUUCGCCGGCAGAUAAACGCCAAAUAGCCCGUAAAACACUUUUAGAUAAUCUUGUUUUAUUUUAAUUUUUUUCUGUUCGAACGGUUUCUUGUUCAUUUAGCGUGCCAGACACCCACGACGAAUAGUCUUAGGUAAGAAAAAUGUUUACACGUUUAUCUUUAUUUAAUGAAGUGCUUUAUUUUGCGUCUUUCUGACUAAAUGUUAAAGUAUGUUAGUGCUGAAUGCCCAAGACUGGACAUGCCCUGCUUCAAGAGCGCCAACUAUUUAAAUAUAGCUUAGAAUUUUAACAAUGGAUUAGCUAACAUGGUUACUAGAGGCGGUUGCCAAGCAAUUAGCUUAAAAAAGGCUUAACUGUGCCUGAAAAGUGAAUUAUAUUUAUAUAACGCUUUUCUCUAGUGACUCAAUGUGCUUUUACAUACUGAAACCCAAUAUCUAAGUUACAUUUAAACCAGUGUGAGGUGGGCAAAGUGUCUUGCCUGAGGACACAACUGUAGUGACUAGGAUGGUGGAAGUUAGAACCGAACCUGGAACCCUCAAGUUGCUCUACCAAUCGAGUUAUAUCGCCCCUCAGUAAAGUCCGAUUUUCCGUUCCUUUUUGAGCUUUAAAUGUUCAUAUAUAAUAUUUGAAAUAAUGGCAUUUUGGUUGCCGGACUGGAUUUUGACGAUAAAGUAGCCAAAAGUAAAUGGAACCUACAGUGCUGUCAAGCCCUUUGGGGCACGCACAUCAAGCGUUUCCUCUUGGAUUUCUCACCCUGAAUUCAGACAAUGGAACCGUUCUUUGUCCAAACAACACUGGUCAGACAGGUUUGCAUUUUGGAGACCAAAACCUGACUUCCCAACAAGGCAACACAGAAAAGACCUACCAGCAAGACAAGCCUGUAGAGUUGGAUCAACUCUUAUAUAUUUGUGAUUAUCCCUGUGGAGAUUUGUUUUUUGACGGGCGGCGUUCUCCUGAGUCACAAGUUCCUCCGCACAGAGGGGAGACGGAAAGAAACAAGGAACCAGAUGAAGCCAGUGACUUCAUGCUCUCGUGGCUUUUUUCUCCCAACUUCACUGAUGGGAAAACAUUUGCAUACGAGGAGGCCUCUCUCGGAGGCAGCGACGCCCUCAUGGGACAGACUGAGCUAAUCUUUAACAGUAGUGCGACCGUGUGUCCGCAGUCUAAAUGGAAUUCCGACACAAACCCAGGAGAGUCGCUUCUGUCCGUAGAUCAGGUUUGCGCCACCUCAAUGUCUUCAUGUGCGUCACAUGAUGUCACUGAAGCGCCGUCACUGGAGGAGCACAGGGAGACUUUGUCACCUGAAACUGCAGACAAUGGUUUAUUCCCAGAUCAUGUGACGUCUCUGGCAGUAAAGUGUAGCUCAACGCUGCAGGAGCAACCUGACAGCAGCACACCCCUGGCGUUCUUUCAGGGGUCUGGGCUUUUGAUGGAUUUAGAGGUUCCAGAUCCUAAUAGUGGACUCACCCAUCAACCUGUUGGUCUUGUGCAAUGGGAUCCGUCAGAAGAUUCCCAUGUGGAACAUGCUGGACUAUUGAGGACUAUUGAGCAACAAGAAGAGGAUGACUCAUCUUCUGUGAUUUUGUCACCUGGGGAUGCCUCUGUCCAUGGCGACAUCCGCUACGAGAGCUUCUCUGCGGAGAGUACGCCAAAGGAUUUGAUGGGAAACAAAUGGAAAACUGAAACAAAUGAGACAACGGCGUUAGAUUGGUGCUUAACCCACGAUGAGGGUCCUUGGAACUUGAAGCCAAAAGAGGGAGUACACAAUGACACCGGUCCUGAGGCGCUCCCGGAGUUGGAAACUUCUACUGCGGAGCCUGCAUGGACUAGUGAGCCAAGUGUGGACACUGUUUCCCUCUCUAAGAUGGUGGGAGAUGACUCACUGCCCAUGGUUUCAGCUGUGAACACAAGAGAGGAAGAAGCCUCGCCGCUUAAAACUGUAUUUGACGCGUUAGACCAGGAUGGAGAUGGCUUUGUUCGCAUUGAGGAGUUUAUGGAGUUUGCUGCUGCGUAUGGGGCCGAUCAGGUAAAAGAUCUGACCAGGUUUCUUGAUCCCAGCGGCCUUGGGGUAAUCAGUUAUGAAGAUUUCCACAGAGGAAUUUCAGCAAUCAGCAAUGGAGGCCCGGAGCCGCAGCUGUACAGUGCAAACUACAGUCCAGGAGACGGAGCUGUGGGCUGUCCAGAAGAAUAUGACGAGCUCCGCCUCCCCUACGUUCUCCUCUGGCUCCUCCUAGACCACAUAGCCCACAUCAUAGAGCUGCUGGGGUGUAUUCCCAGGCACUUUGCACUCUCUGGAAAAUAUUCCCGGGAGUUCUUCAACAGAAGAGGCGAGCUGCGACACAUCACUAAGCUGAAGCCCUGGUCGCUGUUCGACGUGCUGGUGGAGAAGUACGGCUGGUCGCACGAGGACGCCAGCCACUUCGCCCACUUCCUGCUGCCCAUGCUGGAGAUGGUGCCCGAGAAGCGGGCGUCGGCGGGCGAAUGCCUCAACCACCUGUGGCUCAACUCCUAGUCCUUCUUCCCCCUCCCCCUCCUUUUCU